AUGUGUCCUGAAUCUUCACAUGCAUCUUGGUACAUGGAGGAGCCGGAAACGAUUAAACCCGCUAUAAGAGAGGUCUUCGAGAAACACAGCAACAUCCGACCCGAACUCGUCGCGGAGCACAUUAAGCAGGUGCGAGAUAGAGCGUACCAAAUCACCCACUAUCCAUGUAUUGGAGGAUAUUACUUCCUGGACUUGAAAGCACGAGAGGCACCAUGCUACCCCGAAAUCAAAAGACGUGUCCUGAAUGGAGAGAAACUCCUCGAUGUCGGCUGUUGCUUGGGACAGGAAAUUCACAGAAUGGUUACUGAUGGUAUGCCUGCAGAGAACCUGUAUGGGUGCGAGUUGAAAAUGGAACUUGUAAAUCUGGGAUACGAAAUGUUUCUUGACAAAGAAUACCUGGCAUCAAAGUUCAUCGUUGCAAAUAUCUUCGAGACUCCCUCCGAGCUGGAUCAGCUAGAUGGGCAAAUCAGCAUAGUACACGCCCAGUACUUCUUUCAUCUCUUUACGUGGGACGACCAGUUGCGUCUUGCCAAUCGGCUAGUCAAGUUAUCUAAACCAAGCUGCGAGUUUCUGAUAUUCGGGGGACAUAUGGGAGCGAACCAGGAGACUGAACCGUACCAUCCUGACACUGGGAAAUUCUUCAUACACAGCGAUGAGAGCUGGAGACGACUGUGGGAUCAGGUUGGAAGUGAAACAAAGACCUCAUGGGAGGUGGAGACAGCACGAAAGCCUGCAGACCCGAACCUACUCUGGCUAUGUGGGCCAGAUGCGUAUUUCAUGACGUUUGUAGUGCGUAGAGUACAGGCGUCCUGCGAGUAG